CUGCAUAUCAUGAUUUUGAAAUUUUAGUUUUCCGACGUUAAUAACUAGGUUAGAAGAGUCGCUUUCUCAACAUUCAGGGUACCCAAAGAAUACUCCUAGAAUGGGAUCGCCCGAGGGCAGUUAGUUCCAGCGGUAUUGUAGAAUUUUUCACUCUACUUACAUAAUACUGUACAAAGCGUAACAUACAGUUACUGUUAAUUGUGCAAUGAACAAUGGGACUCGUCCACCCAUGAGGGGAUGAACAAUAGCUCAGAGAUGGUUAAAGUUCAAACCGCAAACUUAAUCUCCACCAUCUACCUCAAGAAAGAUUGGUGAUCGACCUGACACGUGUAUCUGAUAUGUCCCCUAACUCCACACUCAAAAUGAUAAAGCCCAUACACGUCCACAUUCAGGGUGGGGCCACAGGACCAAGCAAGUAAGAAGACACUGAGAAUCUUUAUAUAAUAAAUUGGAAAAUCCCAAUGUGUUUCCCCUAGGAGAGGGGCCUACUGUGCCACUUACGGUAGCCACAGGCACAAGGAGAGAACAAGUGUAGAAGUCAGGCCGACCCCACCGCGGCCGCAACAUUCAUUUUGGUAACCACGGUGGAAUCUAAAUGUCACCGUGUCACCAGCUCCCCCACACCUGUCUAAGCCUUUCCAAUCAUGUUGUCCUUGAAACCAUCUAGAGAGAGAAAAACUGGGUUUGAGAGAGAAAUAAGGGGAACAGAAGAGAGAAACUAUGAAUCCAUGCGUGUGAGAAUGAGGCGAAAGGAUACUGGGAUGUAAAGUUGUGAGGGAGAAUGUGGCUUGGGAUAAGAGAGAUCAUGUGGAUACAGGUGUGUGAAAAUUGAGAGCGAGAGAAUCUAGAAACAGUUUUUGGUCUGGCGUGAGGGAGAGAAUGUAUAAAUCUAUGGAUACGAGGAGACCAACAAGAGAAAUUGGCUCAGCAUGUUAGAAUGAGAGCGAUCAUCAAUAGAGAUAAUGGAGAUGGAUGGAAGAGAGCAUACAGGGAGAGAAUUAAAUAACAACAGAGAUUCUCUCAAGACAGAAUGUGCAAAAAUAAAAGAGAAGAGGGGGGCCAUUCAAGGAAGAAUGUGGGGAUGCGAGUUUGUAGGGAGAGAGAAAGACGGGGGACCCCCUACCCCUGAAGCUUCCAUGCACACGUGCAAAAAGGGGGACACUUGGUUGGCAGCCCCCCACAAGAGGUGGGGCCUCCAACUGACUUAAUACCCACCCCCCAAUUUAUUAUUAUUUCCAUCAUUUUUUUUUUAACUGUUUUUCUUCUUUUUAUCCCAUAUGGAGUGGCUUUUACCGACCAGAACCAUCUUUAAAAAAUCCGACACCCACUUAAUUAUCCAAGAAGAAACCUGCUUAGACUAAAAAGAAGAAAAUCUGACUUCCCACCCGUGGUAGGCAGUCUUCAUACGGACUUUGAGCACACCAACAACAGUUGACUGCGUAUCUUCUUCAACCCCCACCUUUUAAAUUCUCCCCCAUCCUUCACCCCAAUACAUGCAAUACUGGUAUCUCCUCUCUCUCUCUCUCAACUCCCUCUGCCUUUGUCUCUCUAUCUCUUUCUUUGCUUCAACGCCUUCUGAGUUCUCCCCGCAAAGCCGACCGAGCAAGUCCCAUAAUCUCUCUCUCUCUCUCUCUCUCUGGGAAAAUGAAGCUGCUCAUCCUUCUAGCUGCACUCAUCAGCAGUCACCAUGUCUCCGCCACCCUCGAACUUGAUUCCGCUGACCUCUCAUCUCUCAAGACACUCAAUUUAGAGGGAUACUUGAGCUUCCAUGACACCCACCUCGCUUCCCGAGAUUUUGGCGAUUGCUACCACUCCCUGCCUUCUGCUAUACUUCGUCCCAAGUCUCCACAGGACAUUGCCAAAACACUUCAACACGUAUUUGACCUUGGGCCCUCCAAACUAACUAUAGCAGCUCGAGGCCAUGCACACUCACUGCGAGGCCAGGCUCAGGCCCCUCACGGCAUAGUAGUGAACAUGGAGUCCUUAGCCGAUCCAAAGAAGAGGCGAGUUCACGAAGGGGGAAAGUCACCAUAUGUAGAAGUUUCAGGGGGAGAGUUAUGGAUUGAUGUCCUUCGACAAACCUUAAAAUGUGGGCUUGCACCAAGGUCUUGGACUGACUACUUGCACCUCACAGUAGGGGGUACACUCUCUAAUGCAGGGAUCAGUGGACAGGCCUUUCGAUAUGGGCCUCAGAUAAGCAAUGUCUACCAAUUGGAGGUUGUUACAGGGAAAGGGGAGGUGGUGAACUGCUCUGCACAGAAGAAUGCUGACCUCUUUCAUGCUGUUCUUGGCGGGUUGGGGCAGUUUGGGAUCAUAACCAAGGCUCGGAUUGCCCUCGAACCGGCUCCUGAGAUGGUGAAAUGGAUCAGGGUCCUGUACUCUGAUUUCUCCCUCUUCACCAAGGACCAGGAGCUGCUCAUAUCCUUGGAGAAAGGCUUUGAUUACGUGGAAGGCUUUGUGAUAAUCAACAGGAAUGGUAUACUAAACAACUGGAGGUCCUCUUUCUUUACCCCCGAGAACCCAAUUCAGGCGAGCCGCUUCAAUAGCAAUGGGAGAACUCUAUACUGCCUCGAGAUAGCCAAAAACUUUGAUUUCAACAAUGCAAAUGCUACAGACCAGGAAGUGGAAAGCCUACUGGCUCAAUUGAGCUUCAUCCCUUCAACUCUUUUCUCUUCAGAGCUUCCAUACUUAGAUUUCCUAGACAGAGUCCAUGCUUCUGAGGUUAAGCUUCGUGCUCAAGGACUAUGGGAGGUUCCUCAUCCGUGGCUCAACCUCCUCAUUCCACAAAGCACCAUCCAUGACUUUGCAGAAGAAAUCUUCGGAAAGCUCCUCACAGAUAGCAGCAAUGGCCCUAUCCUCAUCUAUCCACUUAACAAAGAAAAGUGGGACAAUAGGACAUCUGCAGUCACUCCAAAUGAAGAUAUAUUCUACCUGGUGGCAUUUCUCUCUUCUUCCACCGUCGACAGUUUAGAACACUCAUUAUCGCAAAAUAGAAGGAUUCUUGAGUUUUGCGAAAAGCAAGGCAUAGGGAUGAAGCAAUACUUGCCUCAUUAUACGACGAAGAGUGAGUGGGCAGCCCACUUCAGCCACCGUUGGCAAGAAUUCGUUCGGAGAAAAGCUGCUUAUGAUCCUUUGGCAAUACUAGCUCCUGGACAGAGGAUUUUCCCAAAAGCAAAUGCCUUCGCAUGACCCACCUUCAUAAAAAGUGAAACAGAUUCAACAGUGGGGAAAAGAAUACAUUGAUGAGUUUUAGGUCAAAAAGACAGACUUUUCCAUGGAUUUGUAUAUAUGAUACUUGUAGUAUGCUAUUCAAAAUGCUAUAUGUAACAUCGCAGUCCAUUGUGAAGGAUAAUGUGAACCCUUCAUCCAUUCAAGUUGGCCUUUAGACUUGAACGGAGGAACAGUUCACAUCACUCCUCCCCUAGUCCACAACAGACAGCCAAUGUUACCUUUAUCAUACUGAACAGUGUACUACAUUUAUCAUGUUACACUUUACCAUUCAAUAUAAAAAGGGAAGGCCUAGAGGAGUAACUGAUGGGCCAAAUUAUCAAGGAAAACUCAGAGGAACCCCAUCAUCUGGGUUAAUGCAAUCUUUUUCUCAAUCAUUGCCAAACAGAGCAGAAAGGAAAGAAAAAAAAAAAAUUUGAGAGAGAAUGAGAGAGAGAGAGAGAGAGAGAGAGAAGGUUGUAGAUGGGAAUUCUUCAAAUAUAGCUACCUUCUGCGAA